UAUUAAACAUAACGCUGACAAUAUAUAUGCACAUAUAUCGGCAAUUGUAAUUAGCGCUAAACUUAAUUUGUUUAUUAUUCGGCACGCGCGCAACGGACAGACAAUUUGAACAAAGUGAUAAAAACAACUAUAAUAACAACAGAAACAACAACAACAACAGCAACAAGAAAUCAAAUAAAAAUUGCAGCAGCUGCAACGUGCAAACAUUUGAAUAUGUGCUAAAAGUGAAGAAAUAUAAAAUACAUAUCUAAAAUAAAUCUAAUAAACAUUUCAACCUUUGAAUUCUUGCUGGGAUUAUAAACGUGGAUAAGCCAAGCCAAGCCAAGCCGAUACAAAAUGGUGAACAAACAGUACACGGCCAACGAUCUGGAGGCUUUCAUGAAGAUAGCCGCCAACUGGCAGAGCACCAACCACAAUCUGCUGGAAGGUGUCGAUCUGAAGACAGAAAUGACGCAAUACAUGAACAGUCCAUCCAUGAACAUGUAUAAGAAGCGGGAGCGCACACAGAACUGGAAUCAUCAGGAGAAGAAGUACUUGCUGGAUCUGUGCCGCAAGGAUAUGCGCAUCAUUGAGAACAAGCGACUCGAUGCGGGACUAACUGCCGUCAAGAACAAGGCCUGGAAGAUCAUACAUCAAAAGUUCUCGAAUCAAUUUGGCACCGAUCGCACCUGCAAUCGCCUCAAGGAGCAAUGGCGUCGCAUGAAAGCCUGCACGCGUAAUGAGAUCCUUGACUAUAACAAUCGUCUGGCCAGGUUUGGCGCCGAGGUGGCCGAUCGCAAGAAGCCCUCGCCGUUCACCUUCGAGGUCUGGGACUUUAUGCAGGAGGCGAAAAAGGCCUGCAAGUCGGAGGCGCUCGACGGCAUUGACUACUCCAAAAUACCGCUGGCUCUCGAGGAGGACUUUGAAUAUCGCGAUGAUUACAAAUUCAAUGCCGAUGAGCACGACAUGGAUGACAGUCGCACACCGCCCCAGGAGCUAUGCGAUGUGGACAUCAAGGAGGAGGAGACCAACGAGACCUUCAAUGAGACCUACAACAAUCACAGCAGCGACAUCCAUGCCAAUGGGGAGCGUCUGAGUGUGUCGCCCAAUCACAGUCGCAACGGCCUGCGCGAGUCAGAGAGUCCGGCGGCCGCUGCGUUGGACACGAGCGCCGUUGGUGGCGCCUUCAUGCCACCCACUGGGGGCGAUAUGUCCGGCUUUCAGCCUAGCUUCAACAUGAACAACAUAUCCGCUACGCUGGAGGCGCUCAAUGCGCUGCGCAGUGGCCAAUUCCCGAGCGCAGCAGCAGCUGCCGUUGCUCUACAGCAGCAUCAGGCGCAGGCUGCGGCACUGCAGCAGCAGCAGCAACAACAGCAGCAGCAGCAGCAGCAGCAACAUCAGCACAACAAUAACAACAACAAUAACAAUGAGGACGACGAUGAUGUGCUGAAGCCAAUGGCCAAGCGCCAGCGCACGAGCAGCAGCAGUCUGGCCAGCGAGGAGCAACAGACAUCGCUGCCCCUGCCACUGCCACUGGCCAGCACUGUGCCGCACUCCUCAGACAGCCAGGCAUUGGAGCGCAGCAGCAGCAGCGUCGUUGGCGCUGGCAGCAGCAGCAGCAGCAGCGCCGCCGCCGUCGCCGGCGCYCUUACCAGCAGCAGCAGCACAGCCAACUCCUUUGAGCUGCGCAUGUUCAUGGAGAUGCAGAGCAAGGAGCAUAUGAUGCGCAUGAAAAUACUGGAGGUCCAGCUGCAGGCGGCCAAGCACAGCCGCGAUCUGGUCGAGAUUAACAAGACGCUGGCGCUGCAGAAGCUGCAGGAGUUGGCCAGCAAGCGGCUGCCCAGUUAGAGCAGCGCUGGGCGGAACGUUAACUGCUUGAUUAUCAUCGUUUUCAUCGUUGUUAUAGUUGUAGCUGUAACUUUGUAGCACGUAGCACUUAGCACGUAGGGCGUAGCUAAAGUUAAAUUUUAGACUAAGAAUCAAUUUUGUAUCCAGAGACAGACAGGCAAAGGCACAAAUACACACACACAGACACA